AGGUAUGCGUAUGCUGGGGAAACUGAAGAUGAUUACGAUGAGGAAGCUCUCUCUCUCACAACUGGAGUGAGGGUAAUGGCCGGAGUGAGGGUUAUUAGUGACUCAGGGACCAUGCUUGAAAGAAAAGAAAAGAAAGGGUCUGCUUCGACAGAGAUUAUAAGUGACCAAAGAGAAGAUCCCGAGGAGGAUAAGCGUGAGUAGUGUCAUCCUCGGCCCCUCAGGAACAACAAUUGGUUUGUAUUUUCAAUUUCAAUUCUCUUACAUCACUUGUAUGCCAUGUACAAAAGUAACGACGGCUGUUGUGAGUCGCGAAAAAUGUAGUUAAACUUGUACAUAUUGAAAUCUAUGUUAGGCUGAAUAUAUUCGGCUGCCACGGACUCUUAUUUCUUUCCCCUAUCCAAGCUUUUAACCUCUGAGGGUUUCAUGUUGUA